GUCACAUGAUGCAUUUAAUGCGGGACUCUCUAUAAAAAAAAGAAUAUGUCAAUAACUUAUGAUUUCUCGGGUAAGACAGCACUAGUUACGGGUGCAACUAAGGGAAUUGGUCGCAAAAUUUGUCUUGCAUUGGGGGAAGCUAAGGCAAAAGUUUAUGCAAUUGGCAGAACGGAAAAAGAGCUAAAUGAAUUAAAGGCCGUGAAUGACGGUAUAGUUCCAUUGUGCGUCGAUCUAGCGAAUUGGAAUGAAACUGUGUCGAUAUUAGAAAAGUUAGAACCCAUCCACUACUUGGUUAAUAAUGCGGGUGUGACUCAUCUGGAGGACUUUUUAUCUAUAUCCAAAGAAAGUGUUGACAAAGUUCUCGAAGUAAAUGUGAAGGCUGUUAUAAAUGUUAGUCAGCAGGUAGCUAAACGAAUGAUUGAGAAUAAUAUUGAUGGAUCAAUUGUCAAUGUUUCUAGUGUUGCUUCCAGUCGGGCAUUAGAUAAGCAUAUUGCUUAUUGCACAUCUAAAGGAGCGCUUGAUCAAGUAACAAGAGUCAUGGCUAUCGAAUUGGGGAAGCAUCAAAUUCGAGUAAACUCUAUUAAUCCAACAGUUGUCAUGACAGACAUGGGAAAGAAAGCAUGGUCUGACCCUACAGUAUCUGGGCCAGUUCUAUCAAGAAUUCCACUGGGACGAUUUGUUGAACUCGACGAUUUAGUAGGCCCAAUUUUUUUCCUACUAUCAGAUAGCUCGAAAAUGAUUAAUGGAGCCUUUUUACCAAUUGAAGGUGGCUUACUUGUUGGAUAAACAAACAGAUUUUACCGAUUAGGAGGAAGAUUAUUAAAGAAAAAAUUGAUUUACGAACAAAUUGAUGAGUAAUUGAAACUUGCGUCUUAAUAUUUAAUAAUAAAUUGUAAUAAAAGAUCCAAAAAUAUUUAUUUGAUAAGAAAAAUCCGUCUAGUUAUUG